AUGGAGAAACAACUACCACUGCAACAAGUCGUGGAGAAACAACUACCACUGCAACAAGUCAUGGAGAAACAACUACCACUGCAACAAGUCAUGGAGAAACAACUACCACAGCAACAAGCUAUGGAGAAACAAAUUCAGCCUUUGACACUGUUGAGGAUAGAGGAUGGAAUUAGUGAAAACGCAAUUGAAAUACUGCGUAGGUUACAGGCUGGUCUGGUUGUUGGAAGAGCUUUAGAGAUAACAAGUCCAGACGACUGCCCUGAAGGAAUCACAAACUUUAUUAUGGUGGAUCGACAAAAUUUAUUAAAGACUACGUUUGAAGAAAUUGGAGAUUUGCAAAACAAUCUCUAUACAUUGGAGGUUCAGUUUUAUGAGUCUGCAUUGGACUAUGGUGGACCUCGCAGAGAAUUCUUUAUGUUAGUGUUACGUGAAAUAAAAGAAAAAUACUUUGACCCAGGUUUCAAUGAUGUUCUAGGCAAUGAUUACUAUAAAGUUGGUUUGAUAUUAGGGCUAAGUAUACUGCAGAACGGAAAGAUUGCACAAUUUAUCAGUGAUGAUGUCAUUAAACAGGUUUUUGAUAGUUCUCAUGUAACAACAUCCCCUUGCUUUCUCAAGUUAAGAGAGGGAUUCAAAGACGUAGGAAUAUACCAGAUUUGUCAAGAACUGCCGGUAUUUCUUGAUCUUUUCCAUCGAGGUUAUGAGACAUUAACAUUCAAAAGAUUUACCACUUUGUUCAAACCACAGUUCAGUGAGGAUGGUUCAAAUGCGAGGAGAUUUGAAGGGGAAGUUUAUUCACCUUUUUUGCAAUACCUGAGAGAAGCUGCAAGUGGACGCAGAGGCAAUAUAACGUUGGGUCAUGUGUUGGGCUUUUCGACUGGAACGGAUGAAGAGCCCGUAUUAGGGUUUGCUUUGCAGCCCUCAAUAAAGUUUGUGGAAGUUCCAAACAGUUAUAUUCCCACAGCAAAUACCUGUAUCAAUUGCUUGAAGAUUCCUAGACCAUCUUUUCAACGACCUUUGCCAUCAAAGGAGUUUCUUUUCAAUUUGUAUGAUCACGCUUUUGCAAAUUCAUACUUUGGUUUGGUAUAA